AGUAAAAAGUGUUCCCUAUACGACAAUCGCAAGGCAAGAUCGACAGUGGUCAUAGUAGCGUAGUGAUCGACACGCACAAAGCAUUGGUGUUAGAACAUGAUACCCCUAUUGAAAAAUCCUAUUUAAAUUCAAACAGGGUUAUACAGUUCUAAAGUGGAUUUCAAAAAAUUAGAUUAAGCUAUGGUCUUUUACGCGGCAAAACCACUAUAUGAUUAUGUAGCACGCCGUAGUUGGGGGCUCCGGAAAUUUGGACCACCAGGGAUUCUUUAACGUGCACCUAAAUAUGUACACGGGUGUUCUCGCAUUUCGCCCCCAUCGAAACGCGGCCGCCAUGGCCGGGAUUCUAAACUGGAUAUAACAGGGACUUGUUUGGCAACGAACAGGUACAAACAGGAUCCACUAGCUUACACACAAACCGAUCUGAACGGGGUCCUGUUUGUCAUGCAAGCAGGUUUAAACAGGACAGAUGUGCCUGCUUGGCACAAAAACAUGUUCAAACUGGACUUUUGUGGCAGCCAUACUGUAUGGUAACAUUCAUACCAGUUUAAUGCUUGAACAAGUUGCGGGAGGGGGGCUUUGGCUAUAAAGGCAAUUUUAUCACCUAGUAAGGUAUGCACAGGGCCAACUUUUAAGCAUAGAAAUUGCGCGACAAAUACCUAGCAUUAUGGCUUUUAAUAAAGCUGCAUGCACACACAAAACGCUUUCGCAAGCCAUGUCCUUUAUUAACAUGUAUAGGCACACUCGCAGAUCGACAGAGGCACGCACACACACAAAAAAAAAAACGAAAUAAAUUGUGUCGACGAUACCGCUCUACUCCAAAUGUGUCGUCUAUUACGCGGCAGAAAAACAGGAACACCUCGGAACAUUCACAAACCAAACGACGAUAUUUUGGCCAAUUUCAAACCGAUUUCCCAGCCCUGACAGGUCGAUAGGUCACUCCGCAGAUUGGUGUCCUCGCUGUUCAAAGCAUCUUCGCUGAAACACUCCAUAUAUCCGGUAUAACGACCUCAACAUUGAAACUUAUUGAAAUACUACACCGUCACCAUCCUUGCGAUCAGCGAAUGCCGAAACAAGUGGCCGAAAGCAUACCGAAAAUAUGGUUGCUUUCGUUGCCCCAGGAGGCGCUGCCCUAGGGGGCCGGUCCUAUCGUUUGUGUUCUGUCCUGUGAUCUUUGCGCCCUGCUCUCUACACAUUCAAGGAUGAACCAACUAGCAACUAGCCUAAGUAGCCUAAGCAAGAGUUACACUAGGGCCAUGGCCGGUUGACGAAACGGCUUUUCGAAGGGAACUUCUGGCAAAGUUUAAGAGGAGCAGAUAACUUACGAGGAAACGACGGACGGGGCGGGGCGGUUUGCGUAGACAACUUAUAUUUAGAUCAGCCCGUUGUUCAGGCAAUACUGCCUUCUUUGCACUCUUGCUGCAUCUGAAAAGAACGUGAAGACAAUCUACGAGGAAGAAGAUAUACAGUGGCCGCGCGCGCUCUUAUUUUACUCUCGGAAUUCGCGGCCGAUACCCCAUAGUGCGUUCUGUCAGGACACUGAGAAACAACAACAAGCUCGGCAGUAUGACCCAGUGCUUGGACACUAGAGCAGGAACAAGUCUGUCACCACAGAGCCAACGACGUAUUCCCGAAAGACAGACGCCAACGAUGGAGCCGCUGUCCGAUGAAAGAGCCCAGAGCUACCUCCGGCACCUGGGAGUUUCCAAGCCCUCCGAACCCACCUUGGACUUCCUCGAUCGACUGAUCAGGGCGCACCUAGAGCGCGCCACCUUCGAGAAUCUGGACGAGCUGCUGGAGCGACGCGUCAGCCUCGACCCUGAGGCCAUACUCGGCAAGGUGACUGGACGCGGCCGCGGUGGCUACUGCUACGAGCUCAACUCUCUCUUCGCCCGCCUGCUGCUGGCGCUCGGCUACAGCGUGCGCCUGCGAGCGGCCCGCUUGCGUCUCACGACUCCCGACGACUCGGACAAGCGCACGCGCCUCUCCCACAUGGUGCUGCUGGUCGAGCUGACCGACGGCCGGCGCUACAUCGUGGACGUCGGCAUGGCGCAGUGCGGUCUGCACCGGGCGCUUCCCCUGGAAGGCGACGCGACUCCGUUCCGCCUUCGCAGCUUGGACGCCACGGAGGCCGUCGAGGUCGCGGUGCCUACGAGCGACGGCGGCUGGAAGGCCUUCUACGUCGUCGAGCCGUACGACCUCGACUGGCUCGACUUCGGCGUGCUCAACUGGUACUCGUCGACCCACCCGGACAGCGCGAUGCGGCGCCUCCUCUUGGUGGGACGCCGAUCGCCCCGGGACGACGGCUCUUGGCUGCGGCUCAUCAACGACCGGUUCGUGCGCUGGUCGCCGAUACAGGGCGUCGUCGAGAAGCGUGUGAUGCGGGACGAGAACGACAUCCUCGAGAUUCUGCGAGACGAGUUCGGGCUGAACCUGAACACGGCGGAUGACGUGGCGCCGCUGCGUGUUUGCUUGCGAGGCCUGCUGGAGAAUUUGAGGCUGGGCCAGAACCUCUUUCUGAAGAAACCGUUGUGGCCGGAGGGAUAACUGCAGCGUUCUUGUCGCGGUGACGAAAAUUAUUUUCGCUGUGUAAUAGAAAAGAGAGAUAGCUGAAACAACAACUUUUGUGCGAUAAAUAUGUAUACAUACCAUAUGCUUGUUGCGUGCACGAUAAAUAUAGUAUAGGAUGGCACAGCGGAGCCCAGAGAAAGAAGUUUAUUGACUGAAAAGGCAGAAAGGUCGGCCGGAAAGUGGAGUAUCUGGCCUGCUACUCUGUGAGAAGGAAAAAGUCAAGUCAAGUCAAGUCAGUUUUAUUUACAUCAUUAUGAUGUGGGUAGGCUCAGGCAAAAAGCGAACGAUUUUCGCUUGAGGAAGCCCGAGCCCCCUACAUGGCGUACAGCAAGGUCAAAAGUUAAAAGAAAAGUACAAAAUCCACACACACUACAUAACAGAAUAUAAUACAAGAAAUUCAGAACAGUCGAUAUAAACUCUUGGUACAUGCUCAUUAAUACACAAUGCAUAGGUGUUCACAGAUGAAAAUGUCCUUCCUAUCACACUUUAACGCAAAGGGAAUACAGCGGAACAAUUCAGAAAAAUUAUUAGUGAAAUUCAGAACAAUCGAUAUAAACUCGUCGUACAUGCUCAUUAAUACACAAUGCAUAGGUGUUAACAGAGAUGCAAAUGUCAUUCGUGUCAGACUUUAAUGCAAAGGGAAUACAGCGGCUUACAAACAAUGAUUUCUUAGAGUUUGUGUACUACAUGUUUCAAGAGAAAAACGUUCAAAUAUGAAUUUAUUUAGUAACCUUGGAACUGCAUGACGCAUCAUCUGUCGACCAUGUUCUGUACGUCAAAAGGGAAUGGUCCAACGUUCGUGUUUUCGAAACGAGUAUGGCGUUGAGUUUGCUUCGAGGGAUGACAAUGCUAUCAAGAAGUUGUCACUGUGAAAAAUUGAUUUUUUAUAUCUUGCGGCUAAGAAAAAUUCGUAUAGCUUAUGAACGGGUAUGAUUUUGAAUCGCUUAAACAAUUCUUCGGUGUGCGCGAGGUAGUCAACAUUUGCUAUGUAACGUACUGCUUUCUUUUGCAGCAUGUGUAUUUUGUGCAGGUUAGUUUGAGUAGUAGUGCCCCAAACAAGGAAACAGUAGUUAACAUAUGACAUGAAUAAUGUGUUGUAUAUUAUUAAUUUAAUCGAUACAGGUAGAUAGGAGCGAAAUUUCGCGAGCAUUCCGACGCACUUUGAUAAAUUGGUUAAAGUGGAGCUAAUAUGAGGGUCCCAGCUCAUGUUCUUGUUAAAGAAAAUUCCUAGUCUUUUUACUGUGUCUACUACCUCUAUAAGAAUUGUCUAUUUUUAGCCUAAUGUCUGAUGUAACGAUGCUCUGCCGGUAAUGAAAAAGUACCGCUUUUGUUUUCUUACUAUUUAUUAUCAAGGAAUUUGCUGCGCUCCAUGAUUUCAACUUUUCUAAUACGCUGUUUAUGCUUGAAAUGAGCAAUGGAAUGUUAUUACCCCUAAACAAGAGACUCGUAUCGUCUGCAUACAGAAGAUAUUUUGGAA